UUCUCCACGUGAAUGACGUGUAAGAGAGACCAGUGGAGAGACUUAUAAACAAGCCAGAAUAAGUCUUAACAUAUAUUUUUCACCAGGUUAAAAAGUAAAAACUCGCUUUUUUUAUUUCGCAUAUUUUUCUUGACUAAAAAUAAUGGCAAACAAUGUUUAUAUGAACAGGCAAAUUUAAUAAAUUUGGCGAGUACGGUAGUUUUGUGAACCGACAAAAUUAGUCAAACAUAUGGUGAAAAUAUACAUCCAAGUACAUGCUACAUUAGAAAAACUAGAAAUCUACGAGGAAUUCAUCUACAAGUUUUAAAAUUCUGAGAAUGAGCACGGAAGGCGAAAGCAUUGAGAUCCCUGGACAGCGACUUCGUUUAAAGAAGAACAGAAUACCAUGGGGCAUAAAGUUUCUAAUAUGGAUACAAAAGGAUCGAGAUAAGUUGUAUCGUGCUCAUAUUUUUGUGUUAACUUUUAUUGCUUAUGCAUCAUAUCAUCUGUCCAGAAAACCAAUCUCAGUUGUCAAGGAUACUUUGAAUGCCAAUUGUACUGGAAAUGGUACCUGUCAUGCUUGGGCACCAUUUGAUGGUGACGAUUCAAACACUCUUUUGGGUUGGCUUGAUGCUUCCUUUCUUAUAGCAUAUGCAAUAGGAAUGUUUUUCAGUGGUUACAUUGCUGAGCAUAUGGACAUCAGAUAUUUCUUGACUGGUGGAAUGUUCUUUAGUGGUAUUUUUAGUAUUCUCUUCGGUUUGGGUUAUUUCUUCAAUAUCCAUUCCUUAGCAUUCUUUAUAAUUAUGCAGUUAUUAGCAGGUGUGGCUCAGUCAUCAGGAUGGCCAGCAGUUGUUGAAGCUAUUGGAAAUUGGUUUGGUAAAGGACAGCGAGGUCUCAUAAUGGGAAUCUGGAAUUCACAUACAUCGGUUGGAAAUAUUGCUGGGUCAGCUGUUGCAGCUGUUUGGUCUGACGAUGAGUGGGGGUGGUCUUUUAUUGUACCUGGUCUUAUGAUUAUUGCAGCUGGACUGUUAAUAUAUCUCUUUUUAGUUGUUGAUCCUUCCCACGUUGAUUGUAAUCCUCCUCAACAUCAUGUAAAACCCAGGUCUAUGUCGGGCACAUUAAAUGGGGAGGAAUCAGAUUGCGACAGGACGAGUCUUCUUAAUAACUAUACUACACAAGAUAGCAACAGAACUGGCGGGCCUAAAAUCAGAAAGAGAGGGCAACAUGGAGCAGACUCUAAAGCUGUCUCAUUUUUUGGUGCCUUUUUUCUUCCAGGCGUUUUGGAAUAUUCCUUAAGUUUGUUUUUCGCUAAACUUGUCAGUUAUACCUUCCUGUACUGGCUUCCCUUUUACAUCAAUCAUACAGAUAUUGGCGGGAAGAGGUACGACUCGAGAAAGGCCGGCGAUCUGUCAACAUUUUUUGAUGUCGGAGGCAUAAUUGGUGGAAUAGCAGCUGGUGUUAUAUCUGAUCAAACUCAAUGCAGUGGAAUCACAUGUGUCGGCUUCUUAGUUUUGGCGACUCCUUCACUGUAUAUGUACCGAUUUGUUGGCAAUAAAAAUUUAGGAACAAAUAUAAUUCUCAUGAUUUUUUCUGGUAUAUUUGUGAAUGGUCCUUAUGGCUUGAUAACAACAGCUGUGUCGGCAAACUUGGGAACUCAAAAGGCUCUUCGAGGUGACACUAAAGCCAUGGCGACUGUAACUGCAAUCAUUGAUGGCACCGGAUCAAUAGGUGCUGCUCUUGGGCCUCUCUUGACCUCCCUGAUCUCAAAAAGAAGUUGGAAUGAUGUCUUUUAUAUGCUGAUAGCGGCGAAUGUGUUAGCUGCACUGCUUUUGGUACGGCAAGUCGUAUUUGAAGUAAAUCGGUAUAUUCUAAACAAACCUCAACCACCUGAGUUAAACCCAACGGAACCUGCUUAGGACGCUCUAUAUGGUCACACCGUACGGCGCCAGGCGCAUUUUCUUAUUACAUUUUAUUAUAUUACGAUUUUAAUUGAGUGUUUUAUUUCCAAAUUUUAUUUUGCUGUAGGCAAAUGAAUAUUUUAUCUUUUUCUAAUUUGUAUUAUACAUUCAGAGACAUUUUUCUUUUAAUUCCGAAGGAUAGCUUUAAAAUGUGACGACUUAUUAUAGCAAUUGGAUUUAAACUUUCCCGUGAAUUCUAAUAUGUCACUGAUGGUCGGCGAUGUAUUGUUUGUGGUCGUUGACGAAGAAAAUUUAUUCAAAAUAAUAACAAAGCACUUUAUUCUCCAGUGAUAUGAGAAUCAGGCUUUAGUACCAUCCAACUGCAUGUGACCGUCGGAAACCCGACUUACGACACCGAGUCGGCGACAAAUGGAUCGGCCGCAAAUUGUUGCGACAUACAAUUUAUGUGAAUAUUAUCUCUUUCGCUGUAACUGAUUUUAAAAUAGGUCUUACAUUGUAGUAUAUUUAUAAUGAAACUAAAUAAUAAUAAUUUGCACAGCCGUUGAAACCAGCGGUUUACA